AUGGCCCAUGAGAAUGACAAGACACCCCAAAUAGAGAAGUCCCUUUCUACCAUAUUAAGAAAACUUAAACAAAAGGACUCUAUAGACACCGCCACGUUUGAACGGAUUCGACCAACAGGGACUACGAUUCCACGAUUGUACGGGCUGCCCAAAGUACAUAAGAGUGGAGUUCCACUCAGGCCAAUCUUGGACAUGUGCAACUCUCCUUACCAUGCGGUAGCCAAAUGGUUGGCUCGUCUUCUGGAACCAGUGAGGAUGACAUUAACCCAGCAUAGCUUCAAGGAUGCAACCGGUCUCAUUGACGCCUUGAGUGGUUUAAACAUCAAAGAUCGCCACAUGUUUUUGCUAGAUGUCACAUCUCUGUUCACGAAUGUUCCGAUCUGUGAAACAAUUGGUUAUUUAUGCACCUAUAUCGAAAAUAACGGAAUUGACGUAGGCCUACCGACAGAUGACCUUAAAGAAUUGUUAUUCUUCUAUACUCACAAUGUGCAAUUCAAAUUCAAUGAGGAAAAAUGCCAGAAGGACGGUGUAGCAAUGAGAUCCCCUCUAGGGCCCUUGUUUGCCGAUGUGUUCAUGUCUAAAAUAGAAAACGGUCCACUUAAAACAUAUCAAACAAUGCGUACUGUACAAAAGUUACGUAGACGAUAUUUUGUGCGUGGUCGAUUCUACAACGGAGUGUUCAAAUAUACUAGAUCAUUUCAAUGCUGCGCAUCGAAAUUUGAAAUUCACGAUUGCAAAUGA